AUCUGGCUUUCCCGAACAAAUUAUUUUGACGAUGUUUUACCAGAUUUUCCACAUUUAGAAGUUUAUAUCUGGUUAACUAGAUCUAAUUAAAAUCAAGUUAAAAAUACUAAUUGUCGACCCGAUAUGGAAUUCGGCUUCACCUGACCUACCAGAGUUCGCUCAAUCUGUGAGAAAACGUUUGAAUUCAUUGAAACACCAAUACGAUAGAAUACAGCCAUACAGUCAUUAUAUAAGCGGCUCAAAUUUAAAAAAACAAAAGAGUUUUUUUCCAAAUGGAAGAAUCUAUGACGGAGGUGGUCCUAAAGUUAUACAGACUGGGGAAAUGGAAAGAAAUAGUGGAGAAAUAUCAUGAUCACAAGGACAGAAAUAAACUACUGUGGGUAUUUCCCAGUGAGGACAAUUUCGAGUUCCUGAAGGAAUGUCUGAAAGAAUUUAAAUGUAAAGGAGUUGCCAGUGUCGGCUGCGGGAGUGGCCUGCUCGAAUGGAUGCUCCAGAAAGCUACAGGUAUUUCUGUAACAGGUAUAGAAGUCGACGGAGCAUGGUGGCACUGUAAAUACGCUCCACCCACUUUCAUACCUUUGAUUGUUACAUCGCCCCAAUUGAACGAAAAUGUCUUACUCGAAUUGGGCAAUAAAGAUAAUGCCAUACUAUUUUGCUAUUUCAACAACAGAUCUGCUUUUGAGAACUACCUAAAACAUUUCUGCGGUCCCGUUCUCGUGAUUAUUGGCCCAGAUCAGGGAAAAGGAGUGUACACAGAGCCAGGACCGUUCGAAAAAAUCCUCGGAUGGGAAUUAUACAAAUGGCGGGAAGUUAGACAAAGCAAGGAUUUUUUAUCUGUGUAUUUCAGGAGAGUUGAAGUGGACAGCUGAUGAUCUAACCAGACAAGAG